AUGUGUGACGAGUGCGACAGUGCAUUCCACAUGCACUGUCUCGUUCCUCCAUUGAAGGAAAUCCCCAAAAAUGAUUGGUACUGUCCGAGUUGUGUCAAUGUUGAUGCUGCAACAAUUAAACGGCAAAAGGAAGCAAGAAAACUGCAGUUGAGAAAAAGGGGCAGCUCUGAGGAAGCAAGUUCAGCUUGUUUGGUACCUGAAGGAAAGAUUCCUGGUAUUCUCUCAGGAAGAUUGUGGGCAACUCAAGCUCAAUUGGUGAGCCUAGGUGUUCACGGCUCAACUGAGAUGAGCAUUUGCGGCUCUGCAGCAGGUAUUCAAAGCAUUUGCUUGACUUCAAGUCUCAAAGGACAUUUGGAUGACAAAGGGCAUCGUUUUGUUUUGUCGGGCAUUUCUGGCACCGUCAACAAUUUGGCCAUGGUCCAGACGCUUUAUGCCAAACUUGGAGCCAGAAAUUGGCGAAUGGGAUCCCCAAUCAGAGUUGUAAGAAGCGACACCUUGUCAACAAAUUUUGCUCCAACAUGUGGCUUCCGAUAUGACGGAAUUUAUAAAGUCAUUCGGUGCUCUAAGGGAAAGGAUAAGACUUGGGAGUUAGAACUGGUCAGGGAUGACAAUGAGCCUGCACCAUGGACAUCCGAAGGGAAGGCUUUCAUGAGGAAGAUGAGCAUUGGAUUUCUGGAAGGACAGCCAGAGGAGACACCAGCAAAGAUGAUGUGUCUGACUGAUACGGUGGAUAAGAAAGAGGAAAUUAUCACACCAUAUAUUCUGCCAAGAGGGGUCCUGAAGCUGAUUACUCAAGAUCGUCUGAAUGCAAGAAACUGGAGGGUCCUGGAGGAAGCCCAGAAACGUGGAUAUCCUGAGUUCAUCAAGGCUGUUGUUGAACAAUUUAAAUGCAUCAUCUGCCAUGAAGUCUGCGUGAAUCCAGUCACAAUGAAAUGUGGUCACAACAAGUGCUUGAUAUGCAUGGAGAAGUGGCUCGCUGGCCGAAAACUUGCAAACUGUCUGUUGUGCCAAGAAGAGGUGGUUGGGCCCUUCACACCAAAUACUUCAUUGACAAAGGUCCUGGCGUUCCUUCUACCUGGCUAAUAGCCCAUCGCCUUGUCGUGGUGAAUAUUUAAAUAUAUCUUUUUUUCAAUUGAAAAUUGAUAUUUCUGUCAAUUCCUCAUAAUGUAUUUUUUUACAAAUUUCUCACUCCACUAUUACAAAGUUCUUGUUUACUGAUGCCUAUAAAAAGACUUUAUUUUUCUUCUGAUAGAUAAUAGAAUUUUGAUAGAAAAGUUAAAAUUUCUAAAGAAAUUUCCAAAAGAUUGAACCAAUAGAUAAAAAUACUUUGUCAAAAUAAUAUUAAACAAU